UAAAUGUCAUCAAUUGUUCUUAUUGCUAGAGAAUAGACAGGGUCUAAAUUAGAAAAUUAUCUUGAAUCAAUUUUUUUCAUUAAAAAUGCAAAUUGCUUGAAGCAAUCAAGAAAGCAUUUAUUCAAAUGCAUACGAAAUAUUCUUCAAUAGAUAAACGCAUAUGAUUUCUUUAAUAGAUAUCUUUUAAAUAUCUCGUUUAUCGUUAUCUAAUAUUUAAUUUAAUAAUAAUUUAAUUUAAUAAUAAUUUGAUUUUCUUAUAAACAAUAUUUAAUUCCAUUUAUAAAACUCUUCCUAUUUUUCAAUGACGUAUUCAAUGUUCAAUCAUAUGUGAAUUAGCAUUGUUUUAUAAUACUUAUAAUUGUAACAAGAAAUUUUCCGCAUUCUUAUCACAGAUCUAAUUCCGUUAUUGAUCUUGCCUUACCGAGGGGAGUGGAAACACUCGAUGCCACUUAAGGGCCCGAAUACUCUGAGCAUCUUGGAUGAAAGGCACCGAAAAAUAAAUAUAUCACAACACUAACCGUACACAACUACAACUGUAAGAAUAACGAAAUGAUUAGAGGAAUCAAAUGUACGCACACGAGCAGAUUUUCGGAUCUCGCACCCGUUAUAAAUUCUAACUACACCCACUAUUCGCGUGUCCGCACGUGCGUGUCCCGAGACGGGAUCACGCGAUUAUAGCGUUCAGAGAGUAGUCGCGUAUAAAGAUCGCUUCGUACCCGGUUUCGCGGCGUAUCCUCGCCUGGACGGCAAAGGAUGAAAACUUAUUGAUUCCUCGCUCCGACACCGGCGCUCGUCCAAAGUCAUCGAUCACCCCUUAAAUCUUUGCUUAGGCAAGAGAUUGGAGAGUAUCGGUACACGGCCGUCGUGCCGCGGAUUACCUUGGUAACCGGCCGUCAAAACACUACGUCGACGAGCGUCGUCGGGAAAGCUGUUCGCCAGACGAUCAUCGACGUCGUCUAUGGAUCAUCUUACCCUGCGACAACGAUCGCGACGCUCGAUCGGGGUCGGAGAACGUCGUGUCCGCGACUGAGAUGAUCGUCGACGUGGUAUCUGUUCGGUAUCAUCCGGAAUGUAAAAGCUGACGACGAGGAGGAAAGUGCGAUUCUAUCGGGAAUAAGCGACUUAAAUUGAAGCAUGAACGUAGGGAAUCUUUGGAUCGUUUGCCUGACCAUCCUCGCCUUCUUCCAAAGAGGGUGGGCCAUCGACUGUUUCAAGUGCGUCUCGAUCGAUGGCGAUAACAAACCAUGCGAUGACCCAUUUCACAACAAUGGUAGCCUCGCUUUCUUAGAAUCGCCCUGCCUUGGAGGUCGAAAAGGCCGGGACGGCCUCUUUCCAGCGACAGCCUGCAUCAAGAUUGCCGGCGUAUAUGAUGAAUCCGGGGUAUCCCUCAUGGUGAGAAGCUGCGCGUUAGACAGUGGAACUUUGACGACGGACUCCGAGAUUAUCAGAAUGUCCCACUGCGGUGGUUUUUACUUUGACAACAAAUACGUUCGCGGAUGCGUGCAAUCUUGCAGCGAUGCAGACGCUUGCAACGUGUCGUCGAGGAAUUUCACACCACUGAUUGCCUUAAUAUUGCCGAUCCUCACGGGGUUCGCGUAAUUUACGUCACGCGAAAAUAGGAAAAUUCGCGAAUACGACAAGUCAUCACUCGAAGAACGAAACAGUCUGGAUGUAAGAAAAUGUGGACGGCGGUUCUCUAAGAGAUUAGCGGCAAACGUUGUAGUAAUUAUAUUAAUGUACGACCAUAAUUAAUAUGAUGAUCUUUCAUUCGAUUUCAUUAAGUCUUACGAUACACAAAACAGACUACAUAGUGAAUACUGCCAGAUUUUACGAUUAAGCUAUACAUUGUUAUUGUUAAAUAGUAGGUCACACGUUAUUUACUCUGGCUAUCACUAGCUUUGCGUAUGAUACAUUAAUUCCAGCUUGAUAUCAAUAAAGCAUAUCUUAAAUUGUUAAACA